AUGAUAACUAGUAGAAGUAAGUUUUAUCAUUCAUGUGACUUGGCGUGUCGUGUAUGGUGCGUACAGUGGAACCAUGCAGGUACAGUGCUGGCUAGCUGUGGUGAGGAUAAGAAUAUCAAACUAUGGACUAGGAUUGAUGUUGCACCGUAUUUGAAAUACUCUGGAACUAUUGGAGGAUCACAUAGCAGGACUAUAAGAUAUAUUACGUUUUCACCUAGUGAUAAAUUUAUGGCUUCAGCAAGCUUUGACUCCACGAUUGUUGUUUAUCAGUUAUACAAUGAUUACGAAGAGAUUAGCCGUUUAGAAGGGCAUGAAAGUGAAGUCAAAUGUUGUGCAUUUUCGCCUUCGGGUGAUUAUCUGGCUACUUGCAGUCGUGAUAAAACGGUUUGGUUCUGGCAAUAUGAUGAAAAAGACUUCGAGGUUGGAUCGAUUUUACAGUCACAUACACAAGACGUCAAAUUUGUAGUGUGGCAUCCAGUUCAUGAUUUAUUAGUAUCGUGCAGUUACGAUUGUUCUAUACGAUUCUAUCGCUUUGAUGGUGAAGAUUGGAUAACAAAUCAGAAAAUUGAUAAUGCACAUGAGUCAACUGUAUGGGCUGCUGAUUUUUCGCAUGAUGGCAGUUAUCUUGUAACUGUUGGAGCAGAUUCCAUUAUCAACGUACAUGAAAUAAAUAAUUCAUUAGUGUCACAAGGCAAAUGGAUCAAAGUGAUAAGUAUGUCAGUGGAAUCCAAAUGGCCUUUGUACACAGUAUCAUGGAGCAAGAUACAUGGUAUAAUUGCGGUCGGUGGUGGAGAUAGAAAACUUAGGUCUUUUUACAAGCAACUUUUUUCGGUUAAAAUUCUUGACUCUGAAAUUAAUUCAUUGAUAUGGAAUCCAGCUGAUGGUAAUUUACUAGCGGGAGCUACUGAUGAUGGCGAAAUUCACUUGUUUCACAUAAGUUUAUGA